AUGGGCAACAGUUCGCGGUCUCGUCCUGGGCAGAGUACUAGUAGCAGCUUUGCGAAGGGUCCCACCAAAGACGUCAAGGAAUCCAGCUCAUCUCGCCAAAACCGGUCUAAGCCCUCCAACUCCGGCAGGCAUCCGCCCAUGAAGAGAGCAAGAACGCCUGUAGGCGGCCACUCGGCAGAUACCAGCUCGUCGACGAGUUCAGAAGAUAUCGCACCGGAAAUUGUGGUCUGGACGGGAGACAUGGAUACGAUGGACUCGGAGGAGUCUUCCUCCUCGAACAGCCCACUGGCGAUAAAUGACUCUCCGCAGUUACCGUCGCUAUCGCAAGCCCCAGAAGAGCGAAAUGUCGAAAAUGAAGACGCCUCGAGCCAGUUUUCAACGCCCUUAUCGCCCUUGUCGGAGCUUCCAGAAUUGUCGCCGCUUAUAUCACCUCAAGACGAUAACGCGGUGGAGCAGGAAAAUCCGAUCACACAGUCCGCAAGUAGUCUUUCGGACCAACAGUCGAAUCCGUCAUCUCAUGCACCAUCGGUGACAAGCAAGGCUACGACGCCUGUGGAUGCGGAUGGACCGAAGGAGCUUUCAACAAGAAAAGAGUCAUCUGAGCCACUGCCUUCUUUACUGGUAUUUCAUACUCCGGAGCCGCAUGCGGAAGAGCAACAACCGGAACCCGAUACGGAGGAACCUCCUCAAGCGGAUGAACAACCACAAGCUGAGGUACAAAUACAGCCAUCAGCUCAACCAGAACCAGAAGUAGUCCGCCUUUCGCCUCUACCAAUGACGGACGAGCCCCCUUCCGCAGUAUCUGAAAUUGCAGCUCCACCCCAUGAACCAAAGUCACCGGUCCUCGAGCGGAAGAUCAAGGAAGAAUCGCCUAAGGGGCCAGUCCUGGAAUCAGUAAGGCAAGCCUCACCGCCUCAAGAAACUGAAACCUUGGAUGUAUCAAUGGAAGAAGCUCCAGCUACGGAUGCGGUCGUACAAGAAGCCCCAGCGCAAGAUGUCCCGAUGCUGGAGGCGCCGCCUCAAGAAGCACCGGACCAAGAAGCACCGGACCAAGAAGCACCACCACAGGAUAUAGUCAUGGAAGAACAUCCGGCUCACGAAUCUUCGGCUCAAGAACCUCCGGCAGAAGAGCCUCCCGCCCAAGGCACAUCGACCCCCGAUGACCCAGUACAAAGAACACCAGCACAGGAAGAUUCAGUUCAGGUAACGCUAGCACACGAAGCACCAACCCAGCCAACACCAACGCAAGGAUCCUUGCCUCGAAAUACAGCAGCAAAUGCGACGCCGACGGAGCCCUCCCGGCGGCGGUACAAUGUCCGUCCCAAAAUCGCCAUACCUCCCGAUCUUUCACUACAGGAAUAUGCCAUGCAAUGUAUUUCUGCGGCGGAGGCGUCGAGACUCAACCCAUAUGCUUUGCAUCAGGAGGAAUAUAUGAUGCUUCGAGACCACAUCAGCCAUGCCCAAGUAACAACAUAUCUGAAUAUCAGGAAUGGUAUUCUCAGGCUAUGGGUUAGGAAUCCGCAAAUAGCUGUUACUCGAGAAGAAGCGGUUGGGUGCGCCAAAGACACCCGUUGGUUUGACGCCGCUAGUCUAUGCUUUGACUGGCUUGUCCGUCGCGGAUACAUCAACUUUGGGUGCGUAGGUUAUCGCCAUUCGAAGAAACAUGCUUCCAAAGACCCAUCGUCUACAACCCUCAAGCAGAGAACAGUCGCUGUUCUGGGAGCAGGUAUGGCUGGACUGGGCUGCGCGAGACAGCUCGAGGGACUCUUUGCGCAAUAUGCAAAGAAGUUCCGAGACAUGGGUGAAGAGCUUCCACGAGUAAUUGUAAUCGAAGGUCGAAACCGCAUAGGUGGCAGGGUUUACUCUCGCCCCUUUGCAACUAAGCCUGCCCGAAUCCCAGAAAACUUUCAAGGGAAGCGAUUCACUGCAGAAAUGGGAGGAAUGAUUAUCACGGGAUUCGAACGCGGUAAUCCCAUCAACAUUCUUCUCCGGGCACAGCUUGGAAUUCCAUACAGGCCGUUGCGGCCAGACACAACUCUGUACGACUCGAACGGCAAGCCGGUAGAUUUACACCGAGAUCAGCUGGUUGAAAAUUUGUACAAUGACUGCCUCGACCGGGUCAGCGAAUAUAAGUUUAAGCAGCCCACGUCCAAGCUGAUUGAGGGCAACAGGGAGUUGAUUGACGAGGGCAAGGAUAGCUCCGCAGAAGCCUACAAGACCAUAAGGCAGGUGGAGGAAUCAACUGCCGCCCAACCGCAUGCGCCGCCUGUGUCCGAGCAGAGCAUAGCACCACAAACCGUGCCACAGGCCGCGUCCACACCGAACCUGGCACGCCGGGUGCCCUCAAGGCAGCAUUACAAAGCGAAACUCUUGGGGUGGGCCUUGAAGCAGAGCGUCUCAGAAGAUGCCGACCUCGACCUGGAGACACCUGCCAAAGAGCCGGGUGCCAACCUCGGGAGCGUUGUCGACAACAUGAUUGCCCAGUACAGAGAUAUUGUGGACUUGACUGCACAAGACUACAGGCUCCUGAACUGGCACGUUGCCAACCUGGAGUAUAGCAAUGCUAUCAACUAUAAUAAGCUGAGUCUCCAGGGCUGGGAUAUUGAUGCCGGUAACGAAUGGGAGGGGAGUCACACCAUGGUCAUUGGCGGCUAUCAGAGCGUACCAAAAGGUCUCAUGCUGCUGCCUACGCCGCUUGAUGUUCGACGAAAGUCACCCGUCAACAAAAUAACAUAUACUACGGAAAGCACGACAAGGCCAGCUGUGAUCGACUGCGAGGAUGGGUUCACGGUGGAAGCCGACUUCGUUGUCAACACGAUACCUCUGGGCGUGCUCAAGCAUGGUAAUGUCAAGUUUGAGCCACCGCUGCCGGAGUGGAAGUCUAGUGCCAUCGAACGUCUAGGCUUUGGUGUUCUCAACAAGGUCAUCCUCGUAUACAAAGAGGCCUUCUGGGAUGAGGAUCGCGACAUCUUUGGUGUCCUCAGAAACCCACCCAACCGGCACAGUUUGGACCAGAAGGACUACGCCUCCCAGAGAGGCCGUUUCUUCCAGUGGUUCAACGUGACCCAAACCAGCGGGUUACCCGUCCUCCUCGCUCUCAUGGCUGGCGAUGCCGGCUACGACACGGAACAAACCUGCAAUGACGAUCUCAUCAAGGAAGCCACCGACGUCCUGCGCCGCGUCUACGGUUCAAAGGUCCAACAGCCGAUCGAGGCCGUCGUAACCCGAUGGGCAUCGGACAAGUUCGCGCGGGGCAGUUACUCCUCCGCGGGCCCGGACAUGAAAGCAGAUGACUAUGACACCAUGGCCAAGCCCAUCGGCAACCUCUUCUUCGCAGGCGAGCACACAUGCGGCACCCACCCCGCCACCGUCCAUGGCGCUUACCUCUCCGGUCUGCGCGCCGCCUCCGAGGUUCUCGAGGCUAUGCUCGGCCCCAUCGAGAUCCCCGCGCCGCUCAUCAUCCCCAAAGAAUCCACAUCGCUCUCCCUCAAGCGCAAAGCCGCUGCUCUUUCCUCCGAGUCAGCUACCACCACCGUCACCACCAGCAGUACAAACAGCUACGGCACCAUGUCCUCCACCCGCAACCCCGAACAAGCCCGCCUCGAAGCCUACGACAUCGCCCUCUGGGACUCCAUCGUCUCGCAAAUCGGCCCGCGGCCGCUCAAGCCCUCCAAGCCGGUGGUUUCCGGCUACAUCUUCUUCAGCAAGGCGCACUACGACGACGCGCGCAAGCGGUGCGAAGCCGGUCGCAGACCGGGCAAAGGGAAAGCGUCGGGGAAUGAAGUUAGAAUGAUGAGCGCCAAGAUGUGGAAGGAUGCCUCCCCCGAAGAGAAAAGGCCGUUUGAGGAAAUGGCGGAGGAAUCCAAGAGGGUGCAUGCCAUCGCGAUGAAGGAGUGGAAUGAGAAGGCGGGCGAGUGGGAUCGGAAGGCGACGGAGCUGAAGGUGGUUUAUGAAAAGGGAAAUCCGUAUGUGCCGUUGAGUGCGUUGGGUCACCAGAGGCAGCAGGUUGUUAAGAGUGAGGAGGGGGUUGGUGGAAGUCCUGCUGGUGCUGGUGCUAGCGUUGCUAGUAGGAGUGGGAGUGGCAGUGGGAGUGCCAUUGGGAGAAAUGGAAGGAGGGCGAGGUGGGCGGGUGAGAAGGUGGGGAGUUAUGCGGAGGAUGAGGGGAGUGAUGUUGAUGUUGAGAUGACUGGGUGA